UCGUCUCUCCAGGAAGAUGAAGAGAUAGAUAUGGAGGCUGUCAACUGGCAGCUGAACACCACCUCCGUGAAUGGGCAUUCAUCUACCCCAACUACAGUUCGCUUCCCGAGCUGGGUGACUUUUGAUGACAAUGAAGUCAGUGUUUCACCACAGAACCUUUCUCCCUCAAAAACAGAUGCCCCACCUGCAGAAACACAGACUCCAGAUGUUAACUUUAACCUCAUUGCAUCCUUUAAGAAAAGAGAACGUCCUAAAAGCACAUUGGGCGACCUCUCCAAAAUUCAGAAACUAGAUCUCUCCUCCUUAACCAAGUUGCCUUCUGUUGAAACACCACCAUGGAGUGCUACUAAUCCCUUCCUGGAUGAAUCUCUUCGAGAUGUCCAGCCCUCACCCAUCAAUCCAUUCAGCUCAUUCUUUGAGGAGCGAGACAGGCGUUCCAAAAGCUCUUCUGUCUCCAGUGCUCCAGGCAAAAGCCAAAGAGACUCUCUCAUUAUUCUCCAUCAAGAACCUGAUACCAUCAGUUUCCAUGAGACAAACAAAAGUGAAACCCACACAGAAGCUGUAGAGCAGCUCAAGCAACUCCAGAUUGGAGACCCAGAUCGUGUGAGCAGCCCUACCUUGCCUGAUGAUGACCCCAUGAUGCCAUAUGAUCUGGAUGCAGCCUUAUUUAACCUGGCACCAGCUCAGCCAAAGGAUGGAUGGCCAAUGAUGCUCAGGAUCCCAGAGAAGAAGAAUAUUAUGUCAUCCAGGCACUGGGGACCAAUAUACGUCAAGCUGACUGACAGUGGAUGUAUACAGCUUUUUUAUGAGAAAGGACUGGAGAAACCUUUCCGGGAAUUCAAACUUGAAAUCAAUCAUGAGAUUUCAGAGCGCAAACUCCAGAACUAUGAUGAGAAUGGAAGGAUACACAGUGUGCGGUUGGAUCGCACAACCUACAAGGAGAAAAAGAAGUAUCAGCCUAAGCCAGCCAUUGCUCACACAGCAGAGAGAGAGCAAAUUAUCAAGCUUGGGACUACAGAUUAUGAAGACUUCCUUAGCUUCAUCAAUGCUGUACAAGAGACAUUGAUGAACUUGCCAGCCUCAUCAACAGAUCUGAGCACAGUGGGACUAAACUAUCAAGAAGAAGAAAUCACAGUUGAUGUCAGGGAUGAGUUUCAUGGCAUCUUGGCCAAAGGAGACAGUGUGAUUCUCCAGCACAGUGUGCUGACCCAUAUCUAUGUUCUCAGCUUCCUUUCUGGCCUGGCAGAGUGCAGACUGGGCCUUAAUGAUAUUCUGAUCAAAGGGAAUGAAAUAGUUGCAAGGCAGGAUAUUAUGCCCACUACUACCACUAAGUGGAUUAAAUUAUACAGCUGUCGGUUCCAUUCAUGUGUGGAUGAGGAUAUGUUUAAUAAUUCCCGUAUUAUCCUGUUCAACCCUUUGGAUGCCUGCCGGUUUGAACUGAUGCGAUUCAGAACUGUCUUUGCUGAGAAAACUUUGCCUUUUACCCUGAGGACGGCUGCCAGCAUCAAUGGUGCUGAGGUGGAGGUGCAGAGCUGGCUGAUGAUGUCCACUGGGUUCUCUUCCAACCGUGACCCUUUAACUCAGGUCCCUUGUGAAAACGUGAUGAUCCGCUACCCAGUGCCAAACGAGUGGGUGAAGAACUUCCGCAGAGAGAGCGUUCUGGGGGAGAAAUCUUUGAAAGCCAAGGUGAACAAGGGGGCCACUUUCGGAUCAACCAGUCUGUCUGGUUCUGAGCCAGUGAUGAGAGUGACUUUGGGAACUGCCAAAUAUGAGCAUGCCUUUAAUUCCAUCGUAUGGAGGAUAAACCGACUGCCUGACAAAAACUCAGCUUCUGGCCAUCCUCACUGCUUCUUCUGUCACCUAGAGCUUGGCUCUGACCGGGAAGUGCCUUCCAGUUUUGUCCGCUAUGUCGAUGUGGAAUUUGACAUGCCCACCACUUCUGCGUCCAAAGCCACUGUUCGGUCCAUCUCUGUUGAGGACAAGACUAACGUGAGGAAGUGGGUCAACUAUUCAGCACACUACAGUUACAAGGUCGAAAUAGAGCAGAAAAAAAGCUUGAAUGAGGAUCUGAAGGGAGAAGAUACUGCAAAUGUCAAUGAAUGUGCCACGCAGUGA